AUGAAAUGACAGAUCCGGACGCGCAGCCGGUGAUAUGGGUAAUCAAAUGGGUCGACUACUCGGAUAAAUACGGCUUCGCAUACCAACUAUCGGACGACGGUGUGGGCGUCAUGUUCAACGAUGGUACCCGAUUAAUAAUGCUAGCCAACUGUUUUAAUAUUCAUUAUAUUAACCGCGACGGAAACGAAUUGUAUUAUACCGUCAUGGAGUAUCCGCCCGAAUUAGACAAAAAAAUGAGACUGAUGAACUUGGUCCUGAAAUAUAUGAAGGUACUCUUGAUGAAAGCCGGAAGUUCGGUAGCCGUAAAACCGUGUGACUCCAUGUCCAGGAUACCGUACAUGCAUCAGUGGUUCAGAACGCAAAGCGCUGUAGUUAUGCAAUUGACCAAUGGGACAGUACAAAGAUUCCAGAUCCAAGAGAACGGAUGCUGUAAGGGUUUAGCCAAGAAUCUGGAGUACGCCUACGAGAAGCUUGUGCUGAUGUUGUCGAAUCCUCAGACUCGAUAA